AAAAAAACCACCCUGGGCUUGGCCUCUCCCCUCCCCUACCUCCUGUCAGCAUUAAAGCUCAAGGUUGCUCCAGAGCUCCAGGUCUCACAGGAGGGAAGACUGAAGAGCACAGAACAUAAACAUACCUGAGGCCCUCAGUGUCGGGACUGAGAUGACGAGUGCAGCAGACAUGGCAAGUGCAACAGACAUGGCCAGUGCAGCAGAGGUAGCCCAUGGAGUCCAGCAGCCACUGGCCCGGAUGUUAGAGGGUAUGAGCAAGGAGCAGCUGAGGGAUUUCCUGCUGCGGCUGCCUGAUAAGCAUCUCUGCCAGCACUCUCCUGGGGCGACCCCAACGCAACCAGUGAAGGUGGGUGGCAUGGAGGUGGCCGCAUUACUGGUGGCUCAAUACGGGGAGCAGCAGGCCUGGGACCUGGCCCUGCAGACCUGGGAGCAGAUGGGCCUGAGCCAGCUGUGUGCCGGAGCCCAGAAAGAGCCAGCUAUGAAGUCAGGAAUCAAAGAAAAAUACCAGAACCAAAGGAGAGAGAGUUCCUGCCCCACACAGUCAUGGAGAAAUGAGUGUUUGCACCAAAAAUUCACACAACUGCUACUUCUACACAGAUCUCAACACAGAGGCUAUGACUUCCUGCUCAGGAGAAGAAGGUAUCAUGAGGUGGUAGAUAAACAAAGACAGUUGAUGGAGAUCGAAGACUUAUUUGGCCCAGGCCUGAGUACCCAGGAGGAGCCUCCCACUGUUGUGGUGCAUGGAGUUGCUGGAAUCGGGAAGUCAACCCUGGCCAGGCAGGUGAGGAGAGCCUGGGAGGAAGGCUGGCUGUUCAGGGACCGCUUCAAGCAUGUCUUCUACUUCAACUGCAGAGAACUGGCCCAGUCCGAGACCAUGAGUCUCACUGAGCUCAUCACAAAAGACUGGGCGGCUCCUGAUGCUCCCAUUGGGCAGAUCCUGUCUCAGCCAGAGCAGCUGCUCUUCAUUCUUGAUAACUUAGAUGAACCAAAAUGGGACUUGAAGGGGCAGAGUUCUGAGCUCUGUCCACACUGGAGCCAGCAGCAGCAGGUGCACACACUGCUGGGCAGUUUGCUGAAGAAAACCUUACUUCCCACGGCUUCCCUGCUGAUCACAGCUCGGAUCACAGCUCUGAGAAAACUCAUUCCUUCUUUAAAGCAUCCUCGCUGGGUGGAGGUCCUGGGAUUCUCUGAGUCGGCCAGGAAGGACUAUUUCUUCCAAUAUUUCACAGAUGAGAGCCAAGCAAUUAGAGCCUUUACCUUGGUUGAAUCCAACCCGGCUCUCUUGACCAUGUGUCUCAUGCCCUUGGUGUCCUGGCUGGUCUGCACUUGCCUGAAGCAGCAGGUGAAGCAGGAGCAACCACUCUCACUGACCUCCCAGACGACCACAGCCCUCUGUCUCCACUACUUUUUCCACGUUCUCCAGGCUCAGUCCCUCGGGACUAAGUUGAGAGGCUUCUGCUCUCUGGCUGCUGAAGGCACCUGUCAAGGAAAGACUCUGUUCAGCCCCGAGGACUUCAGGAAGCACGGGUUAGAUGGGGCCAACAUCUCCAGUCUCUUAAACAAGGGUGUUCUUCAAGAGCACCCCACCCCUCAGAGCUACAGCUUCAUUCAUCUGUGCUUCCAGGAGUUCUUUGCAGCAAUGUCCUAUGCUUUAGGCGAUAGAGUGUUGAAAAGUAGUUACUUUACAAACAUCAAAAUUAUAACAGACUUGACAGAUGUAUAUGACAGGCAUGACCUAUUUGGGGAACCAACCACAUGUUUCCUGUUUGGCCUUUUGAGUGAUCAGGGGAUGCAAGAGAUGGAGAGCAUCUUCAAAUGCAGCCUGUCUCGGGAGAGGCUUUGCUCUCUGCUGCAGUUGGCCAAGAGUGAGGUCCUUGAGAAGCAUCUGAACCUAGACCCAUAUCCUUGGCAUUUGCUGCACUGUUUUUAUGAGAUUCAGGAUGAAAACUUUAUGAAAAAUAUUUUCACUUUCAAUGAAAUGAGGUUAUGUGUCCAAACUGACAUGGAGCUCCUGCUGUUCACUUUCUUCUUUACAUUCUGCCACCACAUUAAGAGGCUUCAACUGAAUGAGGGUGGACAGCACAGACAAGCAGGAAGGAUUUCUGGUGCAUUUCUGUACAGCUGGGGCCCGUUUACAGAUUCCUGGUGGCAGAUAUUCUUCUCUAUUCUCAAAGUCCCUGGAUGCCUGCAGGAGCUGGACCUGAGUGGGAACUCUCUGAGCUGCUCUGCAGUACAGAGUCUUUGUGACGCCCUGAAAAGCCCUCACUGCCGCCUGGCGACCUUGAGGCUGGUCAGAUGUGGCCUCACAUACAACUGCUGCCAGGACCUGGCCUCCAUGCUGGGUGCCAGCUCCAGCCUGACAGAGUUGGACCUGGGGCAGAACGACCUGGGUGACCUUGGCGUGAAGCUGCUCUGCGAAGGGCUCAGGCAGCCUGCCUGCCAACUCAAGUACCUGAGGCUGAACCAGACUCGACUGAGUGAGGAGGUGACAGAGAUGCUGAGUCUCCUGCGGCAGGAGAAGCCUCAGCUGGUCAUCAAUUAUGGUCAUGAACCUCUGGGGAACCAACCAGUGCGGCCUCUAAGGAUGGAUGAUGUCUUCUGGGGCCCCACAGGGCCUUCGGCUGCAGAGAUGGUUGACAAACACACGAGUCUGUACCGAGUUCACUUCCCUGUGGCUGGUUCCUACCACUGUCCCAACACAGGUCUCUACUUGGUGGUGAGAGGGCCAGUGACCAUUGAGAUUGAAUUCUGUGCUUGGGACCAGUUCCUGGACCAGAUUGUCCCACAGCACAGCUGGAUGGUAGCGGGGCCUCUUUUUGACAUCAAGGCUGAACCAGGAGCUGUGGCAGCUGUGUACCUCCCUCACUUUAUAGCCCUCCAAGGAGAACAUGUGGACAUAUCCUGCUUUCAAGUGGCCCACAUUAAAGAGUAUGGGAUAUUCAUGGAGAAGCCAGCCCGUGUGGAGCCACAUUACAUAGUCCUGGAGAACCCUAGCUUCUCCCCCAUAGGCAUUCUACUGAGAAUGAUCCAGACAGCCCUGUGCAUUCGUGUCAUCGCCAAUGUGUUGCUCUACUAUCGCCUCCAAUCCAAGGAAAUCAACUUCCACCUCUACCUAAUCCCCAGCGACUGCACCAUUCAAAAGGCCAUAGAUGAUGAAGAAAAGAAGUUCCAAUUUUUUCAAAUACGCAAGCCGCCUCCGCUGACACCACUCUACAUGGGCUCCCGAUAUACUGUGUCUGGUUCAGACAAGCUGGAAAUAAUCCCUGAGGAACUGGAGCUCUGCUAUCGAAGCCCUGGGAAACCCCAGCUCUUCUCUGAGUUCUACGUUGAUCAUCUGGGGCCAGGGAUCUGGCUGCAGAUUAAAAGCAAAAAUGAUGAGACUGUGGUAUGGGAGGCCUUGGUGAAAUCAGGAGACCUCAGACCUGCAGCUACCCUGACAGAUGCCCCUACUUCGCUGCACUUUGUGGACCAGCAUCGGGAGGACCUGGUGACUCGAAUGACAUCAGUGGACGCAGUCCUAGACAAGCUGCAUGGACAGGUGCUGAGUGAGGAGCAGUAUGAGAGGGUGCGGGCUGAGCACACCAAUCCAGACAAGAUGAGGAUGCUGUUCAGCUUCAGCAAGUCCUGGGACAGGGCCUGCAAAGAUCAACUCUACCGAGCCCUGAAGGAGACCCAUCCUCACCUAAUUAUUGAUCUCUGGGAGAAGUGACGCAGUGGAGGAGACUAGGGGAGCUACUGACCAGCUCGGCAGCUGAAGUCUGAACACCUGCUUAUGAGUCCUGGCUCUGACUGUCCAGGCUUUGGGUCUAGGUUUCUUCAAGUCUAAACACAUUGCCAUUGCCCAGCCAGAGUGGCUCAGCUGGUUGAGUGUUGUCCUGUGCACCAAAGGGUUGCUGGUUCAAUUUCUGAGCACAU